AUGUCUGAACAACAACCAUGGCUAUAUGAAGUCAGGGGUGAGGAGGAGGGAAUCACAGCUUACGAUGACUUUACCCUCAUGGGAGAACAUCUGCCCCAUGUGCCAUCAGACCAAUAUGUGGACUUUACGCUCUUCCCUCCAGGCGACGAGCAUCCCGUACAUUUGGAUCUCGGUGAUGAGUUUCAACCACUACCUCCUGAUCCAAGUUUCAUGGGUCAGGUCCUAUAUCCUGAUUUGAGAGGCCAGAACUCAGGCCCCAAUGAUAUGCAACUCACUGAUUACUCCAGACACGAUCUGGGACUUACGCCUGGACUCAGCUAUCAGACCAGUCCUUCCAGCUGGCCUUCGUCACAAAGCUAUUAUACAAGCAGCACGCAAGGAUCUCCAUUUAUGACGGAACUCAUGGCGCCUGUUCCAUCAUAUGUUCUUGAUAAUGCCAAUGCCGCGGCUGCACUAGUUCCGAUAAUGUGCGCUGGGGGAGCCUACUCACAACCAACCUCACCGCUGGGGCUGCCCCACACAUUAGACCAACUGGAUGGUCCUAUAGAUUUACAACAGCGUGCGCCAAGCAAUCAGCAGCUCCAGCGCCGGCGCAGCAGAAACCCAAUACAGUGCCCAGUAAGAGGUUGCCCACAAGCAAACAAACGGCAUCGCUCAAGGCGUGACCUAAAUCGUCACAUCUGGGCAAAGCACGAGGAGUAUGCGGUUAAACAUAGGAUCCCCGAGGAGACAGAUACUUGUGAUGUGUGUGGUGCGGAGGGAAGAAAAGACAACAUAAAGCGGCAUAUGAGGCUGAAGCAUGGAAUUGAACGACCUUGA